AUGACUGGACGUUUGGAAAGACCAGCUGCUCCUGUUUUAGUCAAUAUAACACAUCAUUCUAUUGAGCUGGAAUGGGAACAUAUUGCUAAACAAGAUAAAAAUCGUGCAGAACAUCGACGAUUGUUUGAUGAGAAUGGUUUGGCCACAUCCGGUUCGUUAAUUUACCUUCAUCAACGUGAUAAAAAAUCAUCGGCGACUUGGGAAAGUGUUUACACAGGAUCAGCAUUGGUUUAUAAAGCUGAAAAUUUGAAACCAAAUACUCAAUAUGAGUAUCGAUUACAAUGUAAAUCUGGUGCAACUGGCGAACGAUCGGAAUGGUCACCAGUGUUAUUGGCAUCAACAGCACCCGAACCGAUGAGUGGUGACACUGUCUUCAAAGCAAUUGCUUUUCCAGGAAAAGAUCAAUUAGAAAAAUUAUUGACAAUUCUAGGACCAGGACAUCAAUUACUGGAACAGCCAGAUAAAGAUGGAAAUUUUCCAUUGAUGCAUGCAUGUGCCAAACAUGAUAUUGGAAAAGUUGAUUUAUUAGUAAAAGCUGGUGCAAAUGUUAAUAAUGCGAUCAGUUCUGGCAAAACAGCUCUAAUGGUUGCAGCUAGUGCUGGUUUUAGUAAAGCUUGUGCCUUAUUACUCGAAAAUGGUGCUAAUCUUUAUGCUGUCGAUCAAAAUGGUACAACUAUUUUACAUCGUGCGAUUGAUAGCAAAAAUAUUGAUACAAUAACUGUGAUAGUUAACCAAUUAAAUACGGAAAAAGAUUCAUCGAUCAAACCAAUAGAAAUGAAUAAAGAAGUUGGACAACAUGGUUGGACACCUUUGUAUCGAGCCGUUAUUCAUGAUUGUAACAAAGAAAUCAUCGAACUGCUUUUGAAUAAUGGUGCGAGUACGGAGUGUGAAGAUAAAUCAACGAACACUACAGCUUUGCAAAUGGCGGUAAUUCGUGGAAAUUUAUUAACAACUCAAUUACUGAUCAAUCACGGAGCAAAUCCAAGAGCAGUGAACAAAAACGGUAAAACUCUUCAACAAUUAGCUGCUUCAACAACUAAACAGGAUUUAAUGGAUUAUGUUGAUUCAUUACCAGGUGCUCCGAAAAUGUAA